AUGCCCAAAGCCUCCCCGGGCUACCUGCUGGGAGGCGCCUCAUUGUUUUUAAACAUCAUUGUCACCGUCCUCCAUGGUGGAUCUUUCAUUGAAGCGGUCACUGUCAGCUUCGGCGUACUCAGUUGUUUUGUGGUUCUCGCCUUGCUGUUGAUUGUGACAAACGUUUCAAAAAUGAACGCUAGGGUACCGCGAGAAGGAUGGAAAACCAUCACCUACGGAUGUGGAUUCGGGUAUUUCAUAACUGCAACUGGCGUGACGGCGGGAGGAAUAACAUGGAGUGCCUUGCAGGCUGUGAGUGAGGCGGCAGGUUCAGGCAUUGGCUCAAAUCGACAAGCGCUGUUGAUUGCCCGCUGUGUGUUAUGGGCACUCUCAGUUCUUACCCAAGGAAUGUUGUGCGGCGUCCUUUUGACGACCACCUCGAGCAAUGACAAUUGCAACCAAUGGCCGACCCCAAUUGCAUACGAGCUCGGCAGUAUUGCCUCCAACCGAACAGAGGUACACCAGAAAGGGGCGUCUCGCGCAGCCUCGUCGAUUGCCGAAUCGCAAUGCCCGUCCAUUGAGACAAUAACUCCGAGCCGACCAUCGAUUUCGAGAAAAACGUCUCAUCGAUCAGACCGUUAUUCCGGCAAAACACUGAUCCAGUCAGACUCCAAAUCUAAUUCACUCGACCUGGACUCCACUCUCAUUCCCUAUCCCGAAAGUGCAACGACACACACCACAGUCAGCGCUUCCUAUGAAGAUCAGGGCAGCGAUAAGGGUCACAGUCGGCCACAGCAGCUUCAACGGAGUGGCUCGCAAAUUAAACGGUCCCUCGACAGUGUGAUGCUUCGCCCUUUAUCAACAAUAUCGUCCUCUACGCAGUUAGCGCCAAACAAGCAACCUCCUUCAAAGAUCAAAGUGCCUGAUGAAAGCAACAUACAUCCCCUAUUUCGCUCUGGUAGUCGCUCCCCUCCUCCGACAGCCACGCCAAGUACAAUGGUAGUCGCCGCGCCGGAUGCGGGUCAAACGAUUACCGUGAGCACUCUGCAGAGAAUGAGGUCGACACGCUCAUUUGGGACCUACUCUUCGCGAAGGAAGUCUUUGUUGGAACAAACGGAUUACCUUUUUGAGGAUGUGGAGCACAAGGCAGGGUCUAUCUUGGGCUAUUACCCACAGCAAGCGCACUCGAUGCAGUGA